ACACCCAUUUGUCAUUUCUCAAUACCAGUGCAGCACCCACUGUGCUGUGGCAUCUUCGCACCAAUGUUUGUUUUCGUGGUGUUGUUUCUCUGGACAGAAUAACAAGCGUUCUCCACUGCAUUCUGUAGUUUGUAAAGCAAAAUCAUAAUUUUAGACGCAUUUAGUGCCACGAGUGAAUCAAAUUACCAUCACGCAAACAUGUCCUCGUGGGAGGAAAUUCAGGCUGUAAAGGUGAAGCGUAACAGCUUACGCGAAAAGUUAGAGAAACGUAAAAAAGAAAGGCAAGACUUGCUGGGCACCAGCAGCCCCGGCGGCCAGGGAGCCGUUGUCGGACUCAUAAAAAUCGAAUCGAGCAACAACCUGACCGAGGAUAAGGGUAAACUUCUUCUGACUACAAUCAAACUGGAUCAAACUGGAAGUGCGGACAUCGAUGCAGAAGUGGAGAAAUGUUUGGUGAAGGUGCUCGCCGACGAAAGCUUAAUACUACCGACCAAUUCCACCCAGAUUGCGGAGCGCGUCGAAAAGCACGUUCAGAAAACCGUCUUGCGAGAUUCGAUCGCGUACUACCUUCAUAAGCUAGCUGGACAGAAGUUGAUCAACAUUAAGGAAGUCAGCAUUGGUGGAACUGUGGGCUAUGAAGUGAUUUCUGCUGAACAUAUAAAUCUACAAGCGCUGCACGAUGACAUGGCAAUGAACCACGCGCCCGUCGUAUCCGUUGAGCGAGACGCAACGAAACGGAAAGCGGAGUGUACGAAGGAGGAAAAGUUGGCCGGUGGAGGUGGCAAAGUGGCCCGUGCCAAUGCAGCCGGCGCAAAGGACGAAGGAAGGAAAGGCAACGCAGUCGAUGGUUCGUUGGCUUGCAAAGCAUCUGACAUCAUGUCCCUGCUUUCGUUACCAUCGACCAGGGAGAAACAGAGCAAAAAGGUUGGUGAAGAAAUUUUAGAACUACUUUCCAAGCCAACAGCGAAAGAGCGUUCGUUGGCGGAAAAGUUCAAAUCGCAGGGCGGUGCACAGGUGAUGGAAUUCUGCCCUCACGGGACGCGCAUCGAAUGUAUGCGAUCGUUAGAAGCAACGCCAGACAUGAAGGAAGAUAAAAAAUCUUCCAGCAAUACGGACGAUGAGGAUAAUGACGACGAGUGUAAAAACGAAGAUGAUGUUAUUAUUACGACGGACGAAGAGACCUGCCAAAAGAAUACGAUUGUGCUGGACGAAAUUAAGGACGAAUCCGUCUCAUCCGAAACGGCAGCUAGCGAAACAUCGGUGGAAUUGCCAAACACCAAAACGAAGUAUCAAUGCAACAAGUUGCAUUUCAAAAAAAUCAUUCAAAACCACACUGAUGAAACGUUGGGCGAUUGCAGUUUUCUGAACACAUGCUUUCACAUGGACACGUGUAAAUAUGUGCACUACGAGGUGGAUACAUAUGUGGGCCAGACACCGACUAUAGUGCCGGCAAAGCUAGAACCGACCGAUGAACGGGUUGCUGGACAAAAGCGUCAUGCUGUAGAUGCAUGCGCCACGCUAUAUCCCCCGCAAUGGAUUCAAUGUGAUCUGCGGUUUCUUGAUAUGACGGUACUGGGAAAAUUUGCCGUAGUAAUGGCUGAUCCUCCCUGGGAUAUUCACAUGGAGUUACCCUACGGUACAAUGUCCGAUGAUGAAAUGCGCCAGCUGGGAGUACCGGCGCUGCAGGACGAUGGAUUAAUCUUUCUUUGGGUUACUGGCCGCGCAAUGGAGCUCGGUCGGGAAUGUUUGAAACUAUGGGGCUACGAGCGAGUAGACGAACUGAUUUGGGUGAAAACUAAUCAGCUCCAGCGUAUCAUACGAACUGGACGUACCGGCCAUUGGUUGAAUCACGGCAAGGAACACUGUUUGGUGGGUAUGAAAGGAAACCCUCCGAAUUUGAACCGUGGCCUUGAUUGCGACGUAAUCGUAGCAGAAGUAAGGGCCACCAGCCACAAACCGGACGAAAUUUAUGGAAUCAUCGAGCGCCUGAGCCCGGGAACGCGUAAGAUUGAGCUAUUUGGUCGACCGCACAACGUGCAACCGAAUUGGAUAACUCUAGGCAACCAGCUUGACGGCAUUCGUUUGGUGGAUCCUGAAUUGAUCAAUUCGUUCCAGAAGCGUUACCCAGACGGUAAUUGUAUGACUCCGGGUAAAAUACCCUAAUUUUGCCCAAUAUUAACUAUCGGUAGCUUUUUUUUAAAUCUCACACAUUAUGAUAAUAAUAUUGAAAAGACUUAUUUGCAAGUCAGCAGCAAAAUUGAGCAAUACACAUUAGUCGUCUUUCAA